GUCUGACAAAAUGGUAGUACGUUACACAACGUUACAAUCUCGUUAGCCAUAUUGAAAAGCAUUCUCAAAUGUAAAUCCAGUACCGACGGUUCUGAACGGUGCUGUUAGCUAAUUUCCAAAUACGCUCUUAGUUAGUUAGUUGAGUAUCUGUUGUGAUCGACUUCCGUCUAUUAUUUUGUCCCUGUAAUUUAUUUCCAUAUUAUAUUAUACUUCGGUAUGAUUUUGCUACGUGAAAUAUUUUUUCCUCUACAUUCGGUUUGGUUUCUAUUGUGCUCCACGUGGCUCCAGGUUGCCGAUAGAAGGCCAAAGUCUACAUGAAUUGGUGUAUCAUCUUGUCCGAGUGAGUUCUCCCAUCGAGUCCUGACAGAGCUGUCUACUUUCAGCAACAACAAAUGGACAAGCAAACACACUAGAUGAUUUUCAACCGGUUCUAACUUGGUGAUUGCACUCUGAGUUUCCAAGAACGAGUCGACUAGAGCAUGCAGAGAUGGAGCUGACUUGAUAGUUGUAGGUGGAGCGUUGAUGAUCAUAUCCAGAUACACUGGUUCAUCGGCUACGCUACCGCGCAGAGUGCUUGCGACUAUGGACCGGGUCUUCCUGUAUCGAGACGGAUACCCCAUUUCGCUCGGUUUCAUCAACCCUACUCCAACCAAAAAUAUUCAGGCCGAAGCAAAAUUUCAUAUACAUUUCAUGAAAAACAAUCGAGUGUUUUUCAAAGAACGCUUCGAAAAACAUCUAUUUACCAUAUGUUUAAAGGGGCAAUAAAGAACCUAUUCUAAUCAUAUCAGAAUCAUAUCAAACGCCAUAUUCGUGUCGAUAACACCUGAUUUAUAUGUUUAUUGUUUUUUAUAAUUUUUAUUAAAACAUUAUUAAUUCGUCCCACUUUGCGUCGUGCAUUUUGCAACCGUGGAUCGUGCUUUCGGCAGCCCUUAUCAUAAAAAUCGUGAUUAGGACUGUCUGUAUAAAAGCACACUGCAUUUACUUGUAUAAGUUUGAAAGUCUCAAGACACCGUGUCGAACGCUAAGUGAUUGCGAAAAAUGGAGUGGACAAGUGAACGCAGUAUAGAGUUAAUCGGGAAGUUUAAAAAUCACGAAUGUCUGUGGAACGUUGCUCUGAGAGAGUACCGAAAUAUCGCAAAGAAAAAGGACGCGUGGGAGGAGAUUAGCGAGCAUUUUUCUACAAAUCUAAAGGAGGUGGAAAAGAAGAUGAAAUCUCUGUUGGCUGCCUACAGAAGAGAGAGGAAAAAGAUAUUGGAUUCAAAAAGAUCUGGGAGCGGAAUCGGUGCCACGUACGAAUCCAAAUGGUUUGCGUACAAGCAUAUGAAAUUUUUACACGACAUAAACAAGCCGAGAGCAAUAAGGGCGACAAGUAUCAAGAUGAGACGUGAGAGUGAAAGCGAGGUUCCUGAAAAUAAUGAGGAUAGCGGAGAAGGAAACUCUUUGAAACAAUUUGAACCACUUGGACAAGGGAAGAAAAGGACAGCAGCGGACAGGACAGACAUUGCAUUCACAACGAUGCAAGAAUUACUGAAUCAAGAAUUGGAGAAAAAGAGAGACGAAUAUUCCAUAUUUGGGGAAUUAAUGGCGCUAGAAAUACGAAAGCUGCCAACCGAGCAUGAGCGAACCGUCGUUAAAUUUAAAAUACAAGAGAUAUUAUUUCAAGCUGCCAUGGGAGCAUUUAAACGAAGUCCAGAAGAUACGUCUGUGUGCUUCGAACGUGGAGAAAGCUCCAGCUCUGGACAACAAAAUAAUUUUUAAAUCUACUUUCUUUUUAUUAUUUUUAUCAUUAUUAUUAUGCGCAUAACAUUACGAAUAUAUACAGGGUGUUAAUCCCUUGGGUACGGAUUUAUUUGAGAAAAUAUUCGCAUGUGGAACGGAUAUAAUUUUUGGUUGCUUGGAGAAGAUUCACUAUCACUGCUCGAUAGACGUCUUGUGCGUCUUCGAAACCUUGAUAUUAUAUUAAAAUUGUCAUCAUUUUCUAUUUCAAUAUCGUCUUCAUUACCUUUGCCUUGUAUUUCAUUGUAAUUGUCAAUUUCAGGAUCACUGAACAAUUCUUCUUCAGAUUUCUCAAAGUCAUUUUCGCUAUCACUAUCAUAAAAUAUAUUCCUUGUUUUUAACAUAAUGGGGCAGUGUAUCGCAAAUAAUGUUCACCAAAAUACUGUAAUUGCCUCUUCUAUUAUGACUGAUACAAGCUACAAUGUUUUAAACACGUAAUCCGCUUCUAGGGAAAACAAGUGAAUGACAUGUCUUAGACGUCAAAUGUACCCAAGGGGUUAAAAAAAAGCAUUCAAUAUUUAUAUGAUGGUGUAUAGGCACACUGUACUGAAUAAAAAAGCUUUAGUAAACAUAGGUCCGAAGGUCAACCGUUUCUGAGAUAUAAACAUUUUUGUUGGCUAGUAUCAUGAUUGACUUACUUGCUUUCCAUCGCAUGCGAUGUUUAUGUCAGUGUUUAUAAAUUGCGUUCUGAAUGUUCCCAUUCAAGUGCCGACAAUUUCGUCAAUUCCAUUUUUUCAAUUUUGUGUACAGAAAUGAGCGGUGGACACGUGGAAAAUCUUCUAUAAAUAUCGAAAACCCAGUAGUAUUUAUAUCUCAGAAACGGUUGACCUUUGGACCUAUGUUUACUAAAGCUUUUUUACUCAGUACAGUGUGCCCUACACUAUAUAAAUAUUGAAUGUUCUUUUUUGAACACCCUGUAUGUAUGAAUGGAUAAAAAUGUGGAUGGACGGAUGGUACACUGCCGCUCAAAAGUAUGUGGACGCUCCCUUAAUUCUUAUAACUGAAAAAAGUUAUGAUAUCUUUAGUAAAUUUGAUUAUCUUGUAUAUAUUCCAUUUCUGACAGUGUCGGAGAACAUAUUUUAAUGAUAUUGGGGGUUGUCCAGAAAGUUCGUGCCAAUUUUUAAGAAACAUUCGGAGACAUGUUUGAAUUUCGAUAUAUAUUUAUUGAAUUAUAUAUGUACCAUUCUGUUCCACAAUUUUUCCACUUUUUAAGGGAUGUCCACAUGUUAUUUGUUUUCAACCAUUCCGAUAUAUUCAGACCUGUACCGCCUAUUAAAAAUCGGCAUGAACUUUCCAGACAGCCCAAUAAUUUAUUAAAUAUCUCACCGAUAAUGAUAAAAAGUAAUUACAGUGGGUGUAGAAAGUAUUCGUACACCGAUCAAUUUCAAAAAAAAAAAAACUGUGUAAAAUUGUAAUUUAUUAACUUAUGUUUUAUAAAUAAUGACAUUCUACAUAUUCUCGGAAAUGUCUAAAAUAGAUAGAUUACAAAAAAAAAAAUAACUAUUUAUGUAAAUUGCGAAAUUAACGAGAAACAAAACAAUUAAUCGAUAGAAAUGUUGAAGCAAUAAGUAUUAAAAUAUAUUUUAACCAAACGUUUGAGCAAUCUCGCCCUUUUUUGGGUGGAGGUUGCGUCAAAAAGUUCGAGCAAUGAAUUGAGCUGCCGAUGCGCUCGCCGAAGCCCUUUUUGUACGAAAACGUCUAUAUUUACAACACAAAGUAUGUACAAGUCCUUACUUAAUAUAUGUAUACAGUUUUUAGGAAAGCGAAAUUAUCGUUUGCACUAUCCCGAAGCACAGAGUUCGGAGUAUCCAAAGCGCGAAAAACCGAAGCGCACGUGUUCGGUAAAACGAAGCAGGCAGACUGUUCAAAGCGCGUGUUGUUUUUAUUGUGGCUGACAAAAAACUAAUUAGCCGGGCGCUCGCACGGAGAUUCCCGAUUCCUGGAAUCUUCUAGAAUUCUUACCCCGGGUCCACACUGCGCGAACACUGGUUCGCGUAUAUCGUUCGUGAACAUGGUAGCUAACCCUGUUAUUCACCGGUUUUCGCCGUAGUGUGGACGGGAAAUAGCAGAGUUCGCUACCAAAUGACCCUCCUAAUAGGCGUAAAGUCGUAAAAGUAGCCCCGCUGGGUUAGACGAAAACUGUGUUCGCGAACCAAAUUCAGCGAUCCACGAGGUGGUGGAUCCGGCGAACAUGUUCGGGAAAAACAUCGCUCUUUUCCUCGUUCUUGUCCCUUUUCAAACCCUCGGAGCUUGGGCAUUGCUAUUCUUUCUAUCUGUGGGGCUGGUCUUUAUGACCACCCGCAGGUAGGUACAUACUCCAAAGGGAUAAUAAUCGUGACCG